AUGGCAUCUCAGCAACAGUCGCCGGCGGCGACGUUAUCGCCGCCGCCGAAGAAGAAGAAAGCCCCAUCACUACCUCCUACCACCAUAACCGGCCUUGACCAAGACACUCUGCGCGAGAUCUUCGUCCGCCUCCCCUCUCUCCCCACCCUCGUCCGCGCCGCCUUCACUUGCCGCACCUUCCUCGACGCCGUCCGUUCGUCCCCCGCCUUCCGCCGCCGCUUCCGCGACCUCCACUGCUCCCCAGUCCUAGGUCACUUUAUCGGCAACGAAGAAGUCACCCUUAUCCCUAACUUCCUACCUCUCCGCCGCCGCUCCGACCCAGACCUUGGGGCUGUCCUCCGUGGGGCCGAUUUCUUCCUCACCCGCCUCCCAGUUUCCGACCAAGAAGACGCCGUCCCCGACCCCGACCCCGAAGAGGACGAUGAUGCAUUCCCCGGGUGGUCAAUCCACGACUGCCGCGAUGGAUUCCUUGUUCUCGGCAACUGGAGCGCCGAGCAGAUGGCCGUCUACAACCCGCUCACGCGCACCAUGGAUCUGUUUCCCCUGCCGCCGCGCGAGGACUCGGACUCCGAUCCCGACGAUGGCUUGUACUUUGAUUUCCACAUCCUGCCCUCAGAACAAGACCACCGCUCGUUCCGCCUUGUGUGCGUCCGGCACGGCGAGACUGGGGCGCGACCUCUUGUCUUAUCAUCAUCGGACACCAGCAGCAAGUGGCAGGAUUUUCCAUGGGCACACAUCGACGGGCUCUGGCCUCAGAACGGCACCAUGGUGAAUGGCUGCAUCUAUUGGACCAUUGGAAUGCCAGAUGACGCCCGUGUGCUCAACACCGCUACGAUGCAAUUCUCCCGAAUUCAUCUGCCGCCGCGGAGAGUGAAUACGACAUGGAAGGCUGGCGAGACCAAGGAUGGAAGGCUAUGUAUGGCAUCCGUACCGUUCGAAGUCCAAGCCCAACGGCCGCUUGAUGUUUGGUUCUGGAGAGCCGAUGGCGAUGGUGUUGAGAGAUGGAUGCUGGAUAAGUCGCUUCCGAUGCAGGAGCUUGCUGAGGUCGUUCAGUGUCACAUCGAUGAUGAUGGUAAUGCUAGAGUUCAACUGAAUAUUGCGGCGAUUAUCCAUGGUUUUAUCUAUUUGUCUGCUUAUUGUGGGAGGUGGCAGCAUCAUCAUCCAACUUUCUGGUUCCUAUCCUUGUGCCUGGAAACAGGGGUCCUGAACAAGCUUGGUCGUGUCCUUCGUGGUGCGUCCCAUCCGUAUAUCAUGCCGUGGCCUCGUUCUUUGGUGCACAACAAGCUAAGCAGUUUGUCCAGUUGAACUCUGUAUGAGCUACUUAAGCAACUGAAGUUAUAUAUGUUCAUUAAGCUGCAUCAUUGGGCUCCUAAGGGCAAAAUCACAGAAGAAGAAUCAUCUGUGCCGCUCACUACUAGGUAGCACAGUUAUUUCGAACCGUAGAUCUUGAAUUGGGAAGAUUGAAGAAGCGGGAUGCUAAGUUUGCAAGCAGGGCUACAUCGACAUGCUAGACUUGUUGGCUCACGCAACUUCACUUAGAAGUUGCAACAUUCUGUUAGAACUUCCCUAGAGCUGUUUUAAUUUUAUAUAUGGGCUAUGAACUGUGUGAUCAGUGAAUUGAUCAAAUUUAUCAAAUUUGUCCUU